AUGCACUCCGACAAGCCGAAAUCUUUGCAGCAGAUCGGCGGCAAACCUAUGCUCCACUACAUCGUCGAUUGCGCGAGGAAUGUGGGUUUUGACAGAAUUCAUGUCGUUUACGGCGCAAAUGGCCAAGAAAUUCCAAAAACGUUUGCACAGGAAGACAUUAACUGGGUAUUGCAGGCAGAAGCCCUUGGUACCGGGCAUGCUGCCUUACAGGCAAUUCCCCACGUGAUACCCAACUCAGUCGUAUGCAUCCUGUAUGGCGACAAUCCGUUAAUUGACCCAAAGACCAUAUCAAGGCUGACUGAACUGGCCAAGGGAAAUAGGCUCGCGCUGCUCACAACCGAGCUGAAAGACCCGACAGGCUAUGGGAGAAUCAAGAGAAACGAUGAUGGCAAACUGCAAAAGAUUGUAGAACACAAGGAUACCAAUGAAAACGAGCGUAAAAUUAUGGAAGUGAACGUGGGACCGCUUGCCGCUCCGACAAGCUUGUUGAAAGGAUGGCUGACACGACUGGACAAUCACAAUAAUCAGAGAGAAUAUUACCUGACCGACAUCAUCGAUUUUGCUGUAUCAGAUGGAAUUGAGGUUUCAACAGGGAAAACCCUGCACAGGUGUGAAUCUUUAGGAAUUAACAAUAGAUUUGACCAGGCUCAACUUGAAAGGAUCGUUCAAUUGAACAAAGCAAAAGAUUUAAUGCACUCAGGCGUACAGAUUGCCGACCCUGCAAGAUUUGAUUUACGUGGGGAAUGUAGAGCCGGCAAAGACUGCCAAAUCGAUGUGAACGUUGUUCUGGAAGGCACUGUAAAUCUUGAAAAUAAUGUAGUGAUUGAAGCCAAUAAUGUCAUUCGAAAUUCCAAUCUGGGUGACGGCGUCACCAUCCUGCCGAAUUGCGUAAUUGAGGGAGCAAAGAUUGAAGAAGGGUGUACGAUCGGGCCGUACGCCAGAAUUCGACCAGGUACAAAAAUUGGCAAAAAUUGUAGAGUCGGGAAUUUUGUCGAAAUCAAGAAUUCCGAAAUUGGCGAAGGAUCCAAGGUCAAUCACCUUGCAUAUAUCGGUGAUUCCGAAAUUGGAAAGAAUGUAAAUUUUGGUGCCGGUUCGAUUACCUGUAACUACGACGGCCAGAACAAGCACCGAACGAGAAUCGGCAAUGAUGUAUUUAUUGGUUCCAACGUAUCACUUGUUGCGCCUCUCGAAAUUGGCAACAAAACGGUGAUCGGAGCCGGAUCCACAAUCACUAAAGAUGUGGAGUCGGGUCAAGCGGCAGUUGAACGAUCAAAUACCAGAGUCGUUCCCGCUAAUCGACUGAUUUCUAGAAUAAAAUAA